AGGACCGCGUCCCGUUCGACCAGAUCGUCUCGCUCGUGAGGCGGCUGCAGGACCACACCGCCGAGCGGGCGCAGACCGUCUCCGCCGCCCUCGCCGGCGGCUGCUCCGCAGGCGCCGCCGACGCGGCGGCCGGGGCCAGCCGGGCAGACGCGCUAGCUUCGCCGUGCUCCGUGGCGUCGGUGGAGUCGAGCUGCGUCUCACCAGGAGCCAGCAGAGGCUUCGACUACCACGAGGUGAACCUCAAUAAGCUAUCGGAGAGCGAGAUCAACGAGCACAAGGCUCGCAUGGACGUCGUUUUCCUCGCAAACCAGAAGAAACCGGGGGACCCCGGCUUCGUGUACGACAAGCAGGUGGACUUCGAGACCGAGUCCCAGGGGUGCGGCUGGGAUUCGGACGAGGACGACGCCUGAGCGACUGGCAUGUAGUCGGCGCGCUUUUCCUUGAGACUGCCCUGCCCCGGGAGCGUCACCGCCCCCUGGGAAGCCUGACUCCUCCGCCUCCCCCGUGGCUGCAGCGUCCGAAGCGGGGUGGGUGCACGUGGGCUCGGCAUCGUUUGUCCACCGCCGAGUUUAGAUGGCUGGGUUGCGUGGCGCGGUCUGUGGUGUGCCGAGACGCGCGCGCCGCCGUCGGGGGCCCCUCGGCGCGCUGCGGUCUCGGCCGUCCUCCCGGCGCUCCACGGCGGCACGCGGGGGGGGGGGUUCCCCGCGGGCGGCGUGUCCUGAGAGCUGCUUUUGCCACCGCCCGGCUUAAUGCUACUAUUGCCCGCUCGGGAGGGGUCUUCCUUCUCCUCCUCUUGCCCCGCCCUCGUUGCGCGACGGGGGCCGGGCCGUUGCUGCAAGACCUGUGCGAAGCGGACUGGGGCGGUUGCCUGUUCCCGCAGGUGGCGGCGACGGCGGCGGCGACGAGGACGGCGGCGGCGGCGGCGGCCGAGCUGCGCGGCAGACCGCUCCGCAGCGGCGCUUGGCCGCCCAGCCGGCGGAUCCUGGGCCUCGCGCCGGCGGCCCCGCGAUCCGUGGUCGAGUGCCUGCCUCUCCUGCUCGGCCCGGUCUUCGGGGAACGAGCAGUUGCAUAAACAG